GGAGGCAUCGGCUGCGCCGGAGCCGAGCCCGGCUCGUCCUCCCUUUCUCUCAGCAUCCUCCGUGAUGCGAUCCUGGAGGUGAUACAGGCACAGCAGCAUCCAUGGCCUGCCCUUAGCGCCAGCGUUCCUGCUUUAUCCUCCGUGAUAUUCUGGCAGCGAACCGAGCCCGGCGUCGGAGGCGUUUGGUUGGCGAAGGGCUGACGUUGAGUGGCUGGUAACCGGGAUCGUAUUCUCCUGUAUUUUUUCAGGCUCCUUGGAAAUUGAGGAAUGCAAUUCUGCCACCAUGAUGGAAGGAUUGAAAAAACGUACCAGGAAGGCCUUUGGUAUACGGAAGAAAGAAAAGGACACUGAUUCCACGGGUUCACCAGACAGGGAUGGCAUCAAGAAGACAAAUGGAGCCCCGAAUGGAUUUUACGCGGAGAUUGACUGGGACAGAUACAACUCACCUGAGCUUGAUGAGGAGGGAUACAGCAUCCGACCUGAGGAACCAGGCUCUACCAAAGGAAAGCACUUCUACUCUUCAAGUGAAUCCGAGGAGGAAGAGGAGGCACACAAGAAGUUCAACAUCAAGAUCAAGCCCCUGCAGGCCAAGGAUGUCCUGAGGAGCGCGGCCACUGUGGAUGAGCUGAAGGCCUCCAUAGGCAACAUUGCACUUUCUCCAUCCCCUGUGAGGAAAAGUCCGCGGCGCAGCCCGGGGACAAUUAAAAGGAAUUUAUCCAGUGAGGAGAUCACGCGGCCCCGGCGCUCCACACCAACACCAGACCCUGCCAGCAAGAAAACAGGGGAGGAUCCUGCUGCACUGGCUCCACUCUUCGGGCCCCCCUUGGAGUCGGCGUUCGAGGAGCAGAAGCUGGACGCUGCUCUAGAUCAGCCUGAGAUCUGGGGUUCAGUCCAGCCCAUCAACACAAGUGUAGAGUCCCCAAAACUUCCAAGACCUUUUCCAACUGGAACUCCUCCACCGCUCCCACCGAAGAACAUCCCGGCCACGCCGCCACGCACCGGCUCCCCCCUGCCUGUGGGAAUAGGAGGGGACCAGGCAGCAGCAGAGCCCAAAAGGGACAAACUCCCGUCCAUCAAUGACUUGGACAGCAUUUUUGGCCCUGUGCCGUCCCCCAAAUCUGCUGCUGCAAACGCAGAAGACAAGUGGGUCAAUUUUUCUGAUCAAUCCCCGGAAAACGCGGCUCCAGAGUUGACGCCCCGGGAAAAAGCGGGAUCCCCGCCGGCGGCAGCGGCCGGUCCAGCCAAUGCUCCCGCGGCGGAGCCCUCCCGCCCGCUGCCCUCGCCGCUGCACCUGGAGGAGGUUCACAAGAAGGUUUCUGAGCACCUGAAGGAUGAGAACGUGGAGCCGGUGGCCUCUCCCAAAGAUUUUGGGCCGGGACAGAGAGCGACCCCGCCGCCCCCUCCGCCGCCCACCUACCGCACGGUGGUCUCGUCCCCCGGACCGGGCGCCAGCACGGGCAGCACCAGCGGUUCCUCGUCGCCGGCUCGCCCUGGAACGCCACUGGCCACCUGUGGCACCCCUCCGCCACCGCCCCCCCGGCCCCCCUCCCGGCCCAAGCUGCCCCCCGGCAAGCCCCCCGUCGCUGACGUGUCCAGGCCUUUUAGCCCUCCUAUCCACUCAUCCAGUCCUCCUCCGAUAGCACCUUUAGCCCGUGCUGAAAGUACUUCUUCCAUAUCUUCCACCAAUUCCUUGAGUGCAGCCACCACUCCCACCGUUGAGGAUGAUGCUUUUAUUGACAAACUGCCCGCGUUUGAAAGGCGCAGUGAAAUGCCGGCAGAGAAUGAACAGCCUUCCCUCGUUUGGUUUGACAGAGGAAAGUUUUAUUUGACUUUCGAAGGGUCAUCACGGGGGCCCAGCCCCCUCACCAUGGGGGCACAGGAUACCCUGCCUGUCGCUGCCGCCUUCACAGAAACAGUCAAUGCGUAUUUCAAAGGGGCCGACCCCAACAAGUGUAUCGUGAAGAUUACGGGGGAGAUGGUGCUGUCAUUUCCAGCAGGCAUCACCCGACACUUUGCCAACAAUCCCACUCCGGCGGUGCUCACCUUCCGUGUGCUGAACUACAACAGGCUGGAGCAUGUCCUGCCAAACCCCCAGCUCCUCUGCUGUGACAGCGUGCAGAGUGACACCAACUCGAAGGAGUUCUGGGUCAACAUGCCAAAUCUGAUGACUCACCUAAAGAAGGUAUCGGAACAGAAACCGCAAGCCACCUAUUACAAUGUGGAUAUGCUCAAAUACCAGGUAUCUGCCCAGGGUAUUCAGUCUACUCCAUUAAACCUUGCAGUGAGCUGGCGGUGUGACCCUGCAAGCACUGACCUCCGCAUCGACUACAAAUACAAUACAGAGGCAAUGACCACACCGGUAGCUCUAAACAACGUCCAGUUCCUCGUCCCCGUCGAUGGAGGAGUAACCAAACUUCAAGCUGUGCUUCCUCCUGCUGUCUGGAAUGCUGAACAGCAAAGGAUAUUGUGGAAGAUCCCUGAUAUCUCUCAGAAGUCAGAAAAUGGAGGUGUGGGGUCUCUGCUGGCCCGGUUCCAGCUGUCAGAGGGGCCGAGCAGCCCGGCCCCACUGGCCGUGCAGUUCACCAGCGAGGGCAGCACCCUGUCCAGCUGCGACAUUGAGCUCGUGGGCGCCGGGUAUCGCUUCUCCCUCAUCAAGAAAAGGUUUGCAGCAGGUAAAUACUUGGCUGAUAACUGAUGGAAGCUUAUGCAAGUCUGUGGAAAAUUCUAUGGAAAAUACCCAAGGACUGCUGUGUGUGGAACGGGUUUUAACUACAGUUUAAGGAAAAUGAACUAAAUCCUGCACUUGGGACAUUUCUGUUGGAAGUGUCGACAACUUUCAGCAUUUUUUUUCCUUGGAAAACACCGUCUUGACCAGUCCUACAGUAUUUACUUCUAGAUGUAACAUUGUUAAUGGUUUUAAAAUGUAAUUAUUGUAUUUGUAAAUUGUACUCAUUCCAGUAAGGCUGUAUUUUGGCAGUUAGACACUUGAGUUUUAGCAUUUUACCAUUCAUGAAAUGGAUGUAAUUUAAACUGUGGUAUAUAAAUCUAAUAGUAGUACUGUUGAAUGGCACAAUGCUUACAGAGGUAGAUUACAUUUUGUCAAUAUAUAAAAUUUAAAUACAAUACUGGUAGCUGUUAUGAAGGGGGUGCCUCAUCAAAAGAGAGUUCAGUAGAGCCCACAUGCUGAUUUACUUUCCCUUCAGUCUUUAGUACGUCUCACAGCGAUGAAUAAAAGCUUAAUCUUCAGGUUUAGCUGGUUUAACUCCAGUGAAAUAUCGCUGUAAAGGUGGAGGUUCCUAGCACAGUCUCCCAGGAAAAAAAACUACAAGGAGUUUUCACUCCAAAUUCCCAACCUGCCCCGUGUUCUCUUACAGCUGCAGAUUCCCUGUCAGGAGUCCCGGCAGCAUGUAGGUGACCAACGUUUCUCUUUACCCCAUGUCCAUAUAUUUUGCAGGGAUUCAGAUAAGGAAAUAAGCAGCAAAGAGACUGGGUGGUAAAUUUGAGCUCACAGCGCUGUCAGGAAAUGUUCCUGCUGUUUUUAAGGAUGCGUUUUCCGAGCUGCCUCCAGAUUUUUGGUUGCAUUUUUACGUUCCUUUGCUCGCUUUUCUGCCUUUCCCCCCAUUUUUGAAAGCCCUAUGGGUCUAGAAAAUGUUUUAAAGACAUGCAGCCCCCCAAGGCCUUUCCAUUUUACCACUAAGGCAGGAAAGUGUGUAUGGACUGAGAAACAACUCCCUGGGGAGCUGCCAAAAUACAGUGGGGCAAGAGCCAGCCUUGCUGGCACUGGGAGCAGCUCUCUCCUGGAGAUGGGAAAAUACAUGAAAGUGCUAAACGGGAGGCUGGGGAUCAAAAAAUUAUCCCUCUGUGUUUUUCCUGGGAGCUGGUGUCCUGCUGCUCAUCCCUGUGCAGCGUUUGGGAUCUUGUUGACGUUGGUCUCAUCCUACUUCUGGCAACAUGGUGAUAGCAUUGGUGGCAUUAAUGGCACAGCAUCUGUUGAGAUGUGGAGCUUGUUUAAUGGGAGAAUUUGGCAAUAUUGGGAAAGAAAAGAAGGGCUCUUUACAAAAUUAAACACAGUUGCAGUUCAGAUGCACAGAGAAGCUCAGGAGCAUCCACUGAACUGGGUGCUGGAGACUUCGGGAAUGUGUAAGAUGACAAAUAGUUCUGAUUUUACAGUCACAAAUGUUGCCAGGAUUAGGCUUGUGUAUUUGCAUAGGAAAACUUAGACUGAGCAUGUUAGGAUGUGCUUGAUUAUUGAGCAGUUUGGAUUGAUGUAGAAAAACAGAGAGCGGUGCCCAUCUGAAAAAAAAAUAAGGAAAUUUGGAGAUAUUUCAGGUCUGAGGUGACUCCCAGGCUGUGAUUUGUAAGAUUGAGGGGUGAGCUGUGCGUGUGCAUUCACAAAAGGCAGCAACAGGGAAGAUAAAGCACAAUUUGGUUCUGCAACUUCCCACAUCUUGGCAGAUUUUGGAAGUACACUCAGCAGUGCUCCUGGAUGGAGUGUCCCACUCCAUUAAUGAUUUUCCCCCUGAACUGGAAAUAUGUAUAAAGUGUGUAACCCACCCCUUUCUGACACAGGAAUACAGGGCAAACCCUAAGAAUCACAUCACUUCAUGCUGUGUACAACUGUUACAAACUCAUUCUUCCAAAAGAGAUCUAUGGCAUAGGCCCAAAAAUAAGGGGUUUAUUGUGUAAAUAUUCCCAGAACAUAGAGAUUUUACUUUAUAUUUCAUUUGAGAGACAAGGUGUUUACAUAGCAUUGGGUUUUUGAAUGCUUUUUAAACAGAAAAACCCAUAACCCAAAGCUUCCAAGCUCGUCCCAUUUGUGCUGUGGCACAAAAUGGAGUCACUUUUUUGGGAUGCAGCUCCUGUGGCCUAGGUAGAGAGAUGGGACAGUUCUGUGCACUUUCUGGGGUGAAUUGGCUGGCAGGGCUGUGUCCAAUGUGCCAUCACACUUCCAGCCCCACAGGGAUAUGGUUUCCCCUCCAGCCAUGGGCAGGUGACACCAAACCCACAACACCAGGACCAAAACCAGCAGUUUGGGACAGAGGACAGGUUCCUUCCAUACUGCUUUGGCCAGUUUUUUUGCAUAGUGUUUUAGCAGAGUGCCACAGGGAUGCUGGUUUUGCUGGGCGUUUGUCUUCUUGCACGUACGAAUGUGGCACCCCAGUGUUACCCAAUGUGGGGAACACAACUGUUGUUGUUCCCGAGUCCAAAGUGCAGGAGCCUGGUCUUCCUGCCUGGCUUUAAGAAGGUCUCAGCAGAAAAAGGUUAUGGGCAGCAGCUUAGGUUGGUCUGAGUGUUUAAUGUAGAGCGUCAAAUAGGAGCAUGUAUAGGGAUGUAUAUCGCUCACAGCCAAGAAUUACUUCCCAAUAUCCCAUCUAACCCUACCCUCUGACAGUGGGAAGCCAUUCCCCCUUGUCCUAUCACUCCAAGCCCUU